UGGUCGCGUGAUGACGCAACAGUGCUUACCGUUCAAUCGACGUCAGAUCAUUGUCACGGCAACAUAUUUCGCUGCCCAUCUGGCAAAAGCGUCGAAUCCCGACGAAAUCACUCAGUUCCCUAUGAGUACUCCAAUGGACGUCGACCCAAAAUACGGAGCUGCUAGAGACCAGCCGCUCAACACUCGUAUUAUCCAGGCGAUCAAUCAUUACAGAACUACAAAUCCUGGCACAUUCGGACAAAGACUUCAAGCUGCACGUCUGGAACCAAUCAUAUUAUUGGAACUCAUGCUCUUAACAUAUUUACCCACCGGUACCGAAGCUCCCGAUAGGGACACAUGUGUUGGAUACAUUGAGGGCAACCCAAAUUUAUGGGCCAAGCUUGUUGCAGCAUACGGCUGCAAGUCUUUCUCAAAGUUGUUCAACCUUGUCGAUAUGCCCUUCUUAAGGGGCCUUACCAAUCAGGAGAUCGGCAGGUUUCCGGGGAGUCUUAGUGUUUAUGCCCUUCAAUCAGCGUUUGAAGAACCCUACCAGGGAGAGACGCCCCAGCUACUCGUCAAUAUAUUGAAUGACUAUUGGCGGUCAUGCGAGAGACCAUACAGUUGGUCUCUGCCAGUCAUCCAAUCUUCGGGUAUGGGGAAAUCCAGAAUGGUCUCGGAAGCUGCCCUUUCCGUAUUUACGAUCCCAAUCAAUAUCCGCGAGGAGCUUGGCGAUGGUAUUCAAGCCUAUCCUCCUCCAGACAAGAAGUUUCGCGAUUAUUUUCGAGGACAUCAGAUGAAAAGCGAUCUUCGCUUACAGGCAGAGUAUGCAAUUAUAUUGAGCCUGUUAUUCACAAAGGCCACCGCACUCCUUGAGAAAUCCAUCUUCGAACCAGGAGCAGCGCUAGCAUGGCAAUGGGCUAAUUAUCUCAACGAAGGACGGACCGAUAGGGAAGUUGGUACGAACAGGAAGGAGUUCUUGGAUUCUGUGGUGGAUCGGGCAAUGAAGAUCCGGUCGGGGCUAGAUGCAGAAGUCCAAAAGAAACUGGUCCUCUGCAUAGCUGAAAUGAAGGAGUCAUGCCGCAUCCUUGUCAGGACCAUCUCUGGUAAUGAUCAGAGAACAGAAGAAGUCAAAUGCGUCGUUUACUUUGAUGAAGCCCACCAGCUUACUGAAUCCAUCCUACUGGAGAUGCAGAAUCGGACACGCCGUCACUCACCCUAUCAGAACCUUGGCAAAGUGCUGUCUGAGCUGACAGAAUUCCCCGUUUUUUUCGUUUUUCUAUCUACAAGUUCCGGUCUCCAGAAAUUCGCUCCCAUGUGCAUCAGCCAUCCAUCAGUUCGCAUUUCUCAUGGCCCCUGCCCCUUCCCUCCUUUCACUGAGCUGCCAUUCGACAUAUUUGUGGACAAAGUAUUUCAAUCUUUGAAAUGCCAGAAUAAAAGUUGCAGCCUUGAAAACAUGGGCCAAACGGAUGUGAUGGCUGGGUUCGGACGUGGCCUAUGGUAUGUCCACCACAAAAACUCGGUGGAGAGUGGAGGAUUGCCUGUUAUAUCAUUGGCCAGAGACAAAUUGGUUGCACAAGGGGACCAAGCAAGAAUGUUCCACUCUCUCAUUGCCGCUCUGGGGGUUCGCAUUGGGAUAACCUUUGACCAUACAACUCAAGCCUCCAUGACUAUGGAAUCAGAACUUGUUGAGUCACACAUGCGUGUUGUUUAUGCCAUCCCCAAGCAUUGCGAGUUUAUGCAUACUGGAUCACCCUCUGAACCUAUACUCGCAGAGGCUGCAGCAAGGCACCUGAAUUACCCUUUUGAUCAUGGUGGAAUAGAACAGCAUGGUCCAGAAAUUCUAGCUCAGGCUUUCAAAAAAGGACUGCUUGCAAAGGGAGAGCAUGGGGAACUCUGUGGUCGGCUUCUUGUGACCAUUGCACAUGAUGUUGCCUUGAAACGGCAACACUCUCAAUCAAGAGCAAUUGGCAACCACCCUUCCAACCCAUAUUUUCAUCAACCUGUCCAUGUCCUCAGCUUUCUCCAAGCUCUAUUUACAGAUGACAUCUUCCAUGACAUCAUAUUGGGUGCCCACUCAGUGACAGCCAAGGCUGAUGUGCCCACCUUAGGAACAGCAUUUGCAGAGUCUUAUAUCUUCUUUUCCCAUUUUGCCCUGGCAGAAGAUUCUGAAAUGCUGUCUGCUCCAAACCUGGCAGUAGCUCUGCUGCGUGGCAUGGCUCUCCAAGCCAAAGACAAUCAGAAUUUGAUUGAUGCUGUUAUUCCUGUUCAUAUGGGUCCACUGGCUGCAUCCAUCUUACCAAAGUCAACAUCAGCAAUCAACUUGCAAUUCAAGAAUCGCAAAAAGACUGGACCCUGCCACAUUUCUCGCCAGGUCACUAUUCCAGAUGAAAAGAUGCCAGUAAUAUCAAUCAUUUUUGAGCUCGGAGAUGAGCAAGUAGGGAAUGAUGGGCUUGUGGCUGUUGCUGAAGCAAGAAAUUGUGAGACUUAUGGCUCUGUGGACAAAACACACUGGGAAGACCACCACUAUGAAAUUGUUGCUCAUGGCUGCACUUCAAAGACAUUUGUGGCAGUUUUGCCAGCUGUUGAGCCCUAUUACCAGCAUAUUCUUGCAGAUCACACCAUCAUUCAGGACUUUCCUCGGGCAGAGAGCAGGCAGAGUUUGCAUGCCCUUCAGAACUUAAAACCAUUUUUUAAUGGUGCUCAAGAAUCAGCAGAAUGGUCAAAGUGGUUGCCCAAGUAGAUUGGGAGGGAUUUAGGAUAGGGAUGGUAGAUUGAUUGUAAAGAUGGAGUGUUACAGAAAUGUGUUCUUAUGGAUGACUCAGGCUCAUCUGCCUCAUGUACAUAGGGUGGUUCAGUUACUGAAACCAUAAUUGAUCUGUCUGAGUGUGUCAUAUCCCGGAUCUUCC